CACUAAUCCAUGAUGAUUGCUUGCAAUUUCGAAUAUUUCAUACUUCGCGCGGUAUUCGGAAAGUAGGCCAGAAAGCGAGAAUAAACAAGAAACAAAGAAAACAAAGUCUUUCAAAAAAAGAGCAUUGGAGGCAGUCGGAUUAAAUCUAAUACCGGUUUAUACCACGGUUCAAGAAGUUAGACAAAAGUAGGAGAAAAAAUAAUUAGAAAAAAAAUCAACCUUUUGCUGCCCCUGACCAGAUCUACCAGUCUUUUUGAGACGAAUGGGUUUUCUUCAGUUUCGAUUCAGAACAGCUAAGGUGGUUGUGCUGAACGGUUAACGCCAGUGUGCUUGUGGAGUUGAGAGGACAUUCGGUGAAAGCAACUGUUCUUUUCGAUUCGCAAACGAUUUCGAUUAAAACAUGGAAUAAAAUUUUACCUUAAUGUGGAUUAUCGAGCUGUGAUAAUAAGGUGUUCCUUAAUGUGAGGUAUACAUUCAUGUUGAAGGUAUCUGUGAUAAUUUAACUGCAGCCGAAACAAUGGCUCCGGUAUCAAGAAACGAUCUCGAACUAACGGAUGAAGAGUCCGAUGACGAUAACGAUGAAAAGACCCCUCUAGUUGAAAAUCCUUACGACAAGAGUCGAAAGGAGGAUCUGAAAGGAUGGGACGUGUUUAUAGUCACUCCUCCCGAAGAGGAGGACGAGACAGCAACAUCAAAAGCCAUCGAUAUUACCCUAAAAAUGAUGAAAGUCUUCGUAUACUUGCUAACGUUCGCCACUGUACUAGUAUCCGCUGUCAUAGCAAAAGGUAGCUUCCUUUUCAUGACAUCCCAUAUGCGGGAGAGCAAGACUUUACCUGUAUGCCGCAAGGGUUUAGGUUUAGAUAGAGAUAGAGAUUAUGAAGUGUAUAUACCCACGAUAGAAAGAGUAGCCUGGAUGUGGGGCUGUUUUUUUGUCUUAGUUAUACCAGAGUUCUUUAGCUUAUUUCGAAGUUUUCGUAUUUGUGUAUUUAAAUCAUAUAAAAAGCCAAAACCCUUGUCUUUAAUAACAGUAUUUAUUGCAGAAACAAUGUAUACAGUUGGUUUAUGUCUCCUAGUAUUUGUCGUCCUACCAGACCUUGACGUCAUCAAGGCAGCCAUGCUCACGAACUGCGUCUGUUUCAUCCCUGCAGUCAUCAGUCUUCUUUCCCGCCACUCUGAUGAACCAAGAAGACCAUUAAAAGUGAUAUUUGACAUGCUUGCCAUCAUCUUCCAAGGCAGCGCCUUGGCUAUAUGGCCCAUCACUGAAAGUGGGCCAAGAGCUUGGACAAUUCCAAUUGCAGUAGUUCUUGUAUCAAUGAGAUGGUGGGAAAACUAUCUGGAUAAAAGAUCUCCUAUAGCAUUUAUCAAAAAGCUCAGUAGCAUCAAGGAAGAUCUUCGGAAAAGUCGAUAUUUCAUAUAUGUUUUCCUAUCCGUGUAUAAAAUGGUACUCAUAUUAUGCACUAUGUUCGGCUUAGCUCAUUUAACAAUGGAAAAUGCUUCGCUCAUAUUUAAAGGUUUUUCGCUCAGCUUUCGUAGCCAUCCUAUAAGUAUUCAACAAAUAAGAAGAACAGUUCUCCUUUCUAAUAUGCCUGACAUUCCAACAGCAAGUCCAUUAGAUGAGCAAGUAUCAAUUCAGUCUGUUGCUUUGGCACCAAUUCACUUGGCGUUGAUACAAAUUAGUGCUGCGCUUGUGUGUUAUGUCUUUGCCAAAUUUGCUUGCAAGAUAUGUAUACAAGGAUUUAGUUUUGCCUUUCCUAUCAGCUUAACGAUUCCGGUAUGCAUAUCAAUGCUGAUUGCCGCUUGUGGGAUUAGAACAGAAGACGAAUGCUUUUUCGAAUCUUUUAUACCUAAAUACUUGUUCUGGACUUGUCCUGAAGGAAACUUCCUACAAGAGUUUGUGUCAGAUAAAUUUGCAUGGAUAUGGCUACUUUGGUUAUUGUCACAGACUUGGAUAGCAGUACAUAUUUGGACACCAAAAUGUGAACGUCUGGCUAGCACAGAAAAGUUGUUCGUGAAUCCUAUGUAUUGUGGGGCUUUAAUAGAUCAGUCCAUAGCUCUAAACAGAAGAAGAGAUGACGAAGGCGAAAUAAAAAGUGAAGAAUUAGAUUUAGAAAAUAAAGAAGAUAACGAUAUCUCUCAGUACUACGAAACCAUUUCCAUUCGCAGCGAAGAAUCCAGUAGUCCAUCGGGUAAAAGUGUCCCUGUCAAAGGAUCUGAUCAUAUCACAAGAAUCUAUGCUUGCGCAACUAUGUGGCAUGAAACUGCUGAAGAAAUGUUGCAGAUGUUAAAAUCAGUAAUCAGAAUGGACGAAGAUCAAUGUGCUCGAAGAAAUGCACAAAAAUAUUUAAGAAUCGUGGAUCCUGAUUAUUAUGAAUUUGAAGUGCAUGUAUUUUUUGACGACGCCUACGAGCUUUGCGAUGGCGAUGACGAAGAGAUGGUAGCGAACCGAUUCGUCAAACAGCUUGUCCACAUCAUGGAUGUAGCGGCAAGUAACGUGCACCAGUGUAACAUUAAAUUAAAACCACCCAAAAAGAUUCCUACACCCUAUGGAGGAAAACUCAUUUGGACGAUGCCUGGAAAGAACAAACUGAUCGCCCACCUCAAGGACAAGGUCAAAAUCAGACACAGGAAACGAUGGAGUCAGGUUAUGUAUAUGUAUUACUUGUUGGGCCAUCGACUUAUGGAACUGCCCAUGGACGUCAACAGGAAAGCUACCAUGGCAGAGAACACAUUCGUCCUUGCCCUGGACGGUGACAUUAACUUCAGACCCCACGCAGUUCAGCUCCUGGUCGAUCUUAUGAAGAAGAACAGGAACUUGGGCGCAGCUUGUGGUAGAAUACAUCCCGUAGGAACAGGUCCCAUGGUAUGGUACCAAAAGUUCGAGUAUGCUAUUGGCCAUUGGCUUCAAAAGGCAACGGAACAUAUGAUUGGUUGUGUACUUUGUAGUCCUGGAUGUUUUUCUCUCUUUAGAGCAAAGGCCCUUAUGGAUGAUAACGUUAUGAAGAGAUAUACGACUACAUCUGACGAAGCAUUGCAUUACGUACAAUAUGAUCAAGGAGAGGAUCGGUGGCUGUGCACAUUGCUAUUACAGCGAGGCUACAGAGUAGAGUACAGCGCAGCUUCUGAUGCAUACACCCACUGUCCCGAAGGAUUUGGUGAAUUCUACACCCAAAGAAGACGAUGGGCACCUUCAACCAUGGCGAACAUCAUGGAUCUGCUCGGAGACUACAAAGCCACAAUAGCCAUCAAUGACAACAUAUCUUUUCCUUACAUUAUCUACCAGGGAAUGUUGAUGGUUGGUACAGUUCUUGGUCCUGGUACGAUUUUUCUCAUGUUGGUGGGUGCCAUGGUGGCUGCUUUCAAAAUAUCGAAUUGGUACUCUUUCUACUACAAUAUCGUUCCCAUUCUGCUAUUCAUGGCGAUCUGCUUUAUUUUCAAGAAUGACGUACAGAUUCUUGUGGCACAAAUCAUGAGCACAGCGUAUGCCUUGUUCAUGAUGGCUGUACUGGUAGGUACUUCUAUCCAGUUAUCGGAGGACGGCAUAGGAUCCCCUUCGGCCAUUUUCUUGAUAGCACUGUCGGGCAGUUUCUUCAUAGCGGCAGUACUUCAUCCGCAAGAAUUUUGGUGUGUGGUUCCGGGUCUAUUAUAUUUCUUGAGUAUACCUUCUAUGUAUUUACUAUUGAUUAUCUAUUCUUUGGUCAAUCUCAACGUAGUCACGUGGGGUACAAGAGAAGUGCAGACAAAGAAAACGAAGAAAGAAUUGGAAGAGGAAAGAAAAGAGCAAGAAGAGCUUCUGAAAAAGAAAAAAAAUCCCGAUCUUUUAUCCUUCCUAGGAUUAGGUGGAAGUGAUAAUGAAGAAGGAAGCAUCACUCUCAGUUUGGCUAAUCUCUUCACUUGCAAGUUCUUCACCUAUCCAAAAUCCAAUGACGACAAGGUACACCUUCUUCAGAUAAGUGAACAGCUGGAUCAAGUAAACAAGAAGAUUUCAAGUUUGGAAAAGAAUCUGGAGCUGUCCAGAGUUGUCCCUUUCAGGGGGCGAAGGUCAUCGAUCGGUGGACGAGGAUCCGUGAAAUCUGCUUCAGAGGCCGGUGGGUUGGGAGCAGUGCAUGAAAAUGACAGUGAUAACGAUGAUUUUAACUCAGAUUCUGAAGGAGAUGGCAGUGAAACCUUAGAACCAAAACAAGAAAGAGAUGAUCUAAUCAACCCUUACUGGAUUGAAGAUAAAGAUCUUAGGCGUGGAGAAGUGGAGUACCUCUCACCAGCGGAGAUGACUUUCUGGAAAGAUCUCAUCGAAAAAUACCUCUACCCCCUUGACAACAACAAAGAGCAGCAAGCUAGAGUAGCAGCUGAAUUAAAAGAACUCAGGAACAAAGUGGUCUUCGGUUUCUUCAUGUUCAAUGCUCUGUUUAUUUUGAUUGUGUUUCUCAUGCAACUGAACAAAGAUCUUCUCCACUGGGAUUGGCCACUUGGAGUGAAGACAAACAUAACGUAUAUUCCAGAAACUAGCGAAGUUCGAAUCGAUAAAGAAUAUCUACAAUUGGAACCUAUUGGUCUCGUGUUUGCCGUCUUCUUUGCUUUGAUCUUAAUAAUUCAGUUUACUGCUAUGUUGUUUCAUCGAUUCGGUACUCUGUCCCAUAUAAUGGCCUCUAUUGAGCUUGGAUGUUUUAACCAAAAGGUAGAGGAUGUGAAUGACGAUGCUUUUAUAGAUAGAAAUGCCGUCCAAAUCGCCAAACAGCUCCAGAGGUUGAAGGGAUUAGAUGACGAAGAAAAAAGUGACGAUUCUACUUACGGCGAUAGGUUAGCUAGAAGGAAAACAAUUCAGAACUUAGAGAAACGUAAAAAUAAUCAAAGAAAUCGAGUGGGUACUUUGGAUGUUGCCUUCAGAAAACGUUUCAUGAACAUUAAUGUUCAAGACUCUGAGCUUAAAGUAGCAGCUACUCCUGUACUAAAUGGAUUGAAUCGUUUGGGAAGAAACCGAGAGACGCUAAGAGCCCUGGAAGUGAGACGGAAUCACAUUCUUGGGAAUGGAAAAAUGGAGACUUUAGGUGCUAAAAAUGAAUAUGUUCUCCGAAAUGGCAGCAGAUCCCGGACAAUAGAAUCAAGAAAGUUGAAUGAUUUGUUCCAUAGUGGUCAUCAAAAUGGAAACGGAGCCAUAAACUUAGCAAUGAGUGACGAGUCAGACAUAGAGGCUGGCCGAACUAAUCUUCGUUUGGAACAAUUUGGAUCCAGAAACAGCUUGAAUAAAUACAGAGAAGAAUCUGAAAUACCAAGACGACGCCAGAUUUGAUUUGAUUUUCAAUUUCCUACCCCGGUGCUGAAUUUUGUCUAUUCAUCAAAUGGACAAAUAAUAAUCUCAAAGUUUGGUGAUUUUCUACGGAAAAUUUUAUGAAAUUCACUGAAAGUUCAUAAACUUUAUGUUCUUCAUAAAACAUUAAAGUCAAACUGCGGUUAUGUGGAAACAAACAGCCGGAACUUUACGCACUGCCAUUUCAAAUAAAUUUAAGAAGUAAUACUGCUUGACUCUACCACUGCCUGCUUAAAAUCUCUUUUAUUUUAGAUUGUAGAUUUGCAGAAAAAAUUCACAGAGCCACUCUAAAAUUACAGACUUACCUACUACUAGCAUAGAUGUGGAAUGGAUUCU